AUGGAGGGUCGGGCUGCAGUUGGCACUGACGACAUCGGUAAUGCGGGAACGGCCUCUGCGGGCCUUGAGGCGUGGAGUGUCGAGGCCGCAGUCGGAAUCCUCAUCACCGGAGGCUGCUGGGGUCGUUUGGAAACCACGAACAGUGAGGGAUAUGUCCUCAGUCCCCUGCCAGCGACGUCGUCUGUCUUCAAGGUGAGCCCCGCCGUCGCUCAGGGUCAGCGCGCACCCGGGAUUCGCAGUGCAACUGGAUUUCGAUGUGGCUCGCAAUACGCAUCUGGUAGCGGAAGAAUGAAGUACGGGCGCUGGAGGGCUUUUGUAUAUGCAUUGGGCAGCUUUGUCGUAUCGGAGUUCUGGAGUGCAGCUUGUGAUGGGAGUUGGAAUCACCAAAUGGUGUAG